AUGGACUGGGCAAUCAAAGCAGCUAGGAAGAAAACUCAAAGGAAGCCAGGCUCUACCCGUUCAAUCAUAGAAACCCUCGAUGAUCUAAAUAAUCUAACAACAGAUGCACAUUCAGAAAUAAAUCAACGAUUGUACGAAAGUAGUGAAUGGUUAAGAAAUAAUGUUUAUAUGAAUACACUCAAGUAUGAAGACAAAAAGAUGGAAGAGUCUUUAAUUAGCCCCGAAAAUACGCAUAACAAAAUGGAUGUCGAAUUUCCUAAAAUGAAAGGAGAAUAUGAACUUUCUAACUCCCAGAAUGAUGCCGCAAAAGACGUUACUAAGACACCCAGAAAUGGAUUACAUAACGAUAAAAGUAUCACGCCUAAAUCACUCCGCAGGAAGGAAGUCACCGAAGGAAUGAAUAGAUUUAGUAUACAUGAUACCAAUAAAAGCCCGGUUGAGCCAUUGAAUAGCGUUAAAGUCGACGCCAAUGAAAGCGAAAAAUCCUCACCAUGGUCACCUUACAAAGUUGAAAAGGUUCUAAGAGAAUCCUCCAAGACUUCGGAGUCUCCGAUUAAUACAAAACGCUUCGAUAAUCAAACAUGGGCGGCUAAGGAAGAAAUGGAGAAUGAACCUAUACUUCAAGCUUUAAAGAAAGCUGAAUCAGUAAAGGUGAAACCACCACCGAAUUCUGGGAUAGCGAGAUCUCAAAGAAGGUCGAAUAUGUUUGUUCCACUGCCGAAUAAAGAUCCUCUUAUUAUUCAACACAUUCCACCAACAAAAUCUUCAGGAUCAAUACCAAAAGUACGAACAGUAAAGGAAUCACCAAUCGCAUUUAAAAAAAAAUCUACGAUAAAUAGUCCUGCUAUAAGAGCUGUGGAAAACAGUGAUACCGCGGGAUCUACAAAAGCAUCCAGUGUUUUCGAUAGGCUAUCAUCUAUUCCAACAAAAUCAUUUGAAAACAAAAUUUCCCGUGGAAACGUUGGUCACAAAUACUCCUCUUCAUCAAUCGAUUUAACAGGCUCCCCCAUGAAAAAAGUUUCUCAAAAGUUUAAGUCAAUAAACUCCACGGAUACUGAUAUGCAAGAAGCGUUAAGAGAUAUAUUCUCAGUAAAAAAUAAAAUAACCAAAAAUAAUUCACCCAAAGGAAAAAACUCUCGAAAAUCCUCUAUUCCGAGGUUUGAUAAGACUUCUUUGAAGCUAACGACACACAAAAAGCUAGCAAUCAUUGCAGAACAGAAAAAGAAGUCCAAACACUCUAGUGAUGUUCAUAAAACUGGUUCAAGACCGCACAGUAUUUCUCCAACAAAAAUAAGUGUCGAUUCAAGCUCGCCAUCUAAAGAAGUUAAAAAUUAUUACCAAAGCCCUGUAAGAGGUUAUUUGAGACCAACAAAAGCGUCUAUUUCGCCUAAUAAAAAUAAAAAUUUAACAACGUCGCAAACGCCACAUCGUUUGAAAAUUAAAGAGAAAACAUUAAGAAAACUUUCUCCGAAUAUUGCUGACAUCUCCAAGCCAGAGUCUCGUAAAUCCAAAAAUUAUCGGCUUACAAACCUUCAAUUACUUCCACCAGCAGAGGCAGAACGAGAUGACUUAAAAAAAAAGUUUGAUAAAAGGUUAUCAGGAAUUAUGAGGUCUCAACAGGAACAUCAUCGGCGUAAACAAGAGAAACAAAAAAGGAUGUCGCAUUUGGAACAAGAUCUAAAAAAGCAAACAAGCUUUAGUAAUGACUACAAGGACAUACGUCUAAAAGAAUCUUUGGCUCCUUUCGAUAAUCAUGUGCGAGAUACCAUCAACAAAAAUACUGCAUUUAGUACCGACAAUAUAUUGGCCACAAUAAAUACAGUUGACCAUCGAGAAAUAAUCGGAAAUGUGACCCCAAAGAUAGCCUCUGUCAAUGAUUCUUUACCAGAGAUAAAUACUGAUUCUGAAGAUGAGGCUAGCGUAACUUUAGCGGCAUGGGCUAAAUCCCCGUAUUUGCAAGAGCAAUUGAUAAGACAGCAAGAUAUAAAUCCACAAACUAUCUUUGGACCAAUUCCGCCUUUGCACACCGAUGAAAUUUUCCCAAAUCCUAGGCUAAACAGGUUGAAACCGCGUCAAAUUGUGCCCAAAAGGUCUUGA